AUGGCAUCUCCCUUGUGCAAUCUGCCCUUUCCCAUCUCCGAGCUGACAUGGGAGAAGUUUGACCUGGUCAAGAAGCACUUGAAAGUUUCGAAGGCGGAAUGCUUGACGAUCAUGUGUCAUGUGCUUGGUCCACCUCCAGGGCCUUUGACAGAUGCUGCUGCGGAGAAGAAGCCGAAAAAGCCUCGAGCAACCAAAUCGGCUGCUGAAUCUGAACCAGUGGACAAGAAGGACCUUCCAGAAGAUGAUUAUGAUGGGAUGAGGUGUGUUGAUGUGACGCCUGCUUAUCUUAAGGCGCAGAAUGCUGCUAAGACGAAGCCACGGGCAGCAAAGUCAAAGGCCUCUCCCAAGUCUCCCACGCCCAAGUCGAAGGGGAAGAAGGCACAGCCAUCGAGCAGUGCCAAGAGCAAGUCAAAGAAGGUGAAGAACACCGAGAAGUUGAAGGAGCCUUCGAAUUCCUCAAAGGGCCCCGGGAAGAAGAAAAACAAAGAGAAGAAGGAGAAGAAGGACACCGUGCCCAUGGAAGCGAUCCCUGAAGAUCUUGAGGUGGAGUUGGAGGAUGAGCCCGAAGAUGUGGGAUCCCCAGCUGCAGAUGGUGUGGUGACCAGGAAACGCAAACCUUCUGUGACCUCAACGUUGGAAGCUGUGAACUUUGAUGGCUCCACCCUCAAGACCCCGAGCAGGGAUGCAAAGCACACCAAAUUGGAGCCACCUGCGCCUACGGUCGUCAGCCCUCCUGCUGCUACUGAGUCUCAGGAGUCUGUGGGGUCAUGUGGAACCCUUCAACGGGCGAUUGACUUUGUGACUGCGCAGGGCCCAGCCAAGACAGCCAAGAACCUGGACAAAGAUUUUGAUUCGCUGUCGACGGCAACCACCAUCCAGCUUGGUCAAAGCCAACCCGGUGAUCUCCAAGGGCAAUUGGCGGCUGCCUUGGCUUACAUCAAGAAGUUGGAGGAUACCCAGGAUGUGGCGGACACCGUGCCCGAACCAACGUUGCCAGAUACCAUUCCUGGAGACCUUGAUUCUGUGCCUCAGGAUGCUCAAGGCCAGCCUGAAGAUCAACAGGUCUCUCCUGCUGGUGACGAUGGGGGUGCCAAAGCUGCGCCGAUGUCUGAUCAGCAUCCUGGUGGCGAUGGCAAUGUUGCGAAGGCACCUGCUGAGCCUGACAAGCAGAGCUUGCCACCGAAUGAUCCUGCCGUUGAUGGUGAAGCCCUUGAUGACCAUGAACUUCAAAGUUUGGCAUCCACCAUGAGCUUGGGCCCACCUUGGGAAACUGAGUUCUACCAGUACAAGCGGGAAGGUGAUCAGUGGGUGAAAUCGGUGAAGGAAAAGCACGCCUCUCUUGCAAUUGCCCGGGGUUGGAAGCUUGGACCCAUUCCUGCGACUGAAGACCCGGUGGUCAGAUGUGAAGCACCCGUGCCAGCUCUGUCCAUUCCCAUGACGCCACCUCCGGGAGCUUUGCCUGCAGCAGCAACAUUGCCUGCAGCAACUACGGUGGCUACGCCUGCAGCAGAUGAGGUGGCUGCGCCUGCAGCAACUCCGGUGGCUUCUGCACCAACUACGGUGGCUGUGCCGGCAGCAACUGAGGUGGCUUUGCCUGCAGUGACUGCGGCUAAGCAUGCAACAGCCGAGGUGGCUAUCCCUGCAGCAACUCCAACUUCGGUGGAUAUGCCUGCAGCAACUGAGAUGGCCUUGCCUGCAGAGAUCACGGUGGCUAUGCCGGCAGCAGCUGAGGUGGCUAUCCCUGCAGCAACUCCAGCUUUGCCUGCAACUACGGUGGCUAUGCCAGCAGCAGCUGAGGUGGCUAUCCCUGCAGCAACUCCGGCUUUGCCUGCAACUACGGUGGCUAUGCCUGCAACUGCUGAGGUGGCUAUCCCUGCAGCAACUCCAGCUUUGCCUGCAACUACGGUGGCUAUGCCUGCAACUGCUGAGGUGGCUAUCCCUGCAGCAACUACUUUGGCUGAAGCAGCUCCGGUGGCGAUGCCUGCAGCCAGUGCUUUGCCUGCAGCAACUGUGGCUGUGCCUGCUGCAGCCGCUGAUGUGGGCACACUCCGCAUAGAUUGGACCACUCACAAAAAAGAAGGCAUGAGAUUGAAACGCCUCAUGGAGGAGAGUGCCCAUGGAGCUGAGCAGUUCCCCCACAUGCACAAGCUCUGGCAGUCUGGACGUGAAGGGCAGAAGCAGCUCCUGCGGGACUGGGUGCUGAAAAAUGGCGAUGCUGGUUCCAUCGAAGCCCAGAUCGUGCUCCAGAGAAGCAAGUCGAGCAACUUGGGGACGCAAAGGGAAUUACUCACAGUCAAGCAAAUGAGGGAGGACAAAAAAUGGCCGGACAAGAAGAUCAGGGCAAUUUUGAGCCGUGGAGAGUAUAUAGAAGAUGAAGAUUGCCCGGACGCAGAAGAGCUCCGCCGAUAUUGGUGCAACACAUCGACUACUUUGAAUGAGAAUGAGGAGGUCAGGCAGCAGACCACCAUGACCAUCCAAUCUGCAGCUUCCGCUGAUGCCGUGGACUCGCUCAUGACGGGACCGGGAGCUACAGGUCGGCGAUCCCACUUGUCAGGUGACAGCAUGGAACAAAUCAUGCAGUCUUUGCAGCAGGCUGCCAAUCCAGGACAGACCCUGGCGCCCAAAGCGAAGGCAAAGAACAAGGCCAAGGCGAAGCCCAAAGCUGCGGCUGGAGCAGUGGCAGAGGUGACGGCGAAGACCAUUGAUGAAAGGAAGGCAGAGAUGAGUCUUGCCCUCAGCAUUUGGAUCUUGAAUUGUUCCUCUUUGAAGAAGGAGGUGAAUGCCAUCACGAAUCUCAGCCUGGAGCUUCCGCAAUCGAAUGGGCUUCGCAAGACCCUGGGUGAGUACAAAACCCGGUUUGAAGAUGCGAUCGAUGAGUUGAAAGGCAUCACCACUGAUGCCAAUUUGGCUGAUUUGAAGGAUGAGUUGGACAAUGAGGUGAAGAGCAUGCGCCUCGUCAAGGUGCUGACGAAAUCCCAACAUCCUGGCGAUCGGAACGUGUGUCAGGUGGAAUCAGUGCCAGAUCAGAGCGAACAACGCGUCCAUGCUGCAGCAUUGCGGCAUCAAUUUGGCCUUGAUUGCCAGCUGGAAUACCGGGCGAUUCCUGUGUGCACUGGGCAUACUGAUGAAGGAGCACCCAUUAUUGAGCUGGUGGAGUGGCCUUUCGUGAUGCCCUACACUUUGGUCAGAGCAAUGCUGAAAAAUGGUUUCUUGAAGCUGUUGGUACAACUGGACAAGCUGGAAGCUUACUGGACAAAUAUGCUAAAGGAGUACCCUGGCCAUCCUGCAGAUCACCGUGCUACACUUCAUUUCUUUGUGAUGAACUUCAAGGGCGAUUGGAAAUAUCUCAAGCAGCUCUUUAACCUGGAGAGGCACCCCUCGACCGAGAAGGUCUGCUGGAAAUGCGAGGCUACGAAGGGAAGCGCUGAUUUGGAUGCCUGCUACACAAACUUACGAGAUGAUGCUUCUUGGCGUGCUUCUAUGUGGCAAAAUCUUCCAUGGUCCCAAACUCCGGAAUUUGCCAACUGCAGGGGUUUUCAUGUGUAUAUGCUGGCUGCUGAUAUCUUACAUCUAUUUCAUCUUGGAACUGGAAGAGACCUGGUGGGCUCAUCUCUCAAAGUUUUGGUGAAAAUGCGAUACUUCGAGGGAUCCUCCAUUGAAAUUUCACUGGGCCGAGCGACAGCGUCUCUGAAAAGAUUUGCAAAGAACCGUGGCUACAGCUUGACCCUCCGCAAGCUCACCAAGCAGAACUUGACAUGGGCCUCCGAUUCCUACCCCGAAGUGAAGUGCAAAGGCUUUGAUACUUUCAUCUUGCUCGCGUGGCUGGUGGAGGAGGUGGCAACUCAGAUGAUGCUGGAUGAGAUGUGCACAAGCCUCUGGAGUGCAAACAAAUGGCUUCAGAUGUUGUCCCACUCAGACAUGUUCCUCGCAGAUGGACAACAACGCCAAAAGGUAGUUGUUGGAAGUCUUUUUCUGUGCAGUUAUCUGCGGCUGGCACAAAGGGCGGUGGAAAACCAUCAGCGUCUUUGGCGUGUGAGGCCAAAAAUCCAUGGCUUCACCCACCUCAUAGAAGAGGAUAGGCCAGGAAGGCAAAAUCCCCAUUUUGCUAGCACGUGGAUGGACGAGGACUGGGUUAAAAGAGUGAUGAAAGUGAAAAAACGUACGCAUCGACGUACGGCGCCCACCACCACGUUGCAGCGAUGGCUGUUAGCGCUUGGCACAAAGCUGCAAGAUGCUCUGGCGACGAUGCGAUGA